CUCAGUUAUCCCGCGUUUAUCCGUGCUAACUAGAGCGCUCGCAGCGCGUGGUGAUUUCCUAGCUACCCGGUAGACGAGACUCGAGGAUCGCGAUCCAGUAGGAAUCGCGGCCCGGAAGUCCCUUCUGUGCCCACGAGUCGAAGGUCAAGAAAAUGAAAGAUUCCGCUAAUCAAUCUUCUUAAAGGCUACCGGAGGUAUGAGUAAAGACUGUGGAAUAUGUGGGAUUUAUCCCAGAUGGCUGCGAAAUCGAGCCACCCCGAGGACCUUCAUCGCGGUGUACGGUUUAUUAGGGACCGUCCAGGCGAUGGCCUUUAUCUACAUCAUCGUCACCCUGACGACUCUGGAGAAGAGAUUCAAGAUACCCAGUCGUACGACUGGAUUGAUCCUUUCGGGUAACGAGAUCUCUGAAAUUUUGUCCCUGAUCUUGACCUACUACGGAGGAUCCAGCCAUCGGCCAAGAUGGAUCGCGGUUGGAGUCGGCUUGAGCGCAGUGUCCUGUGUCGUUUUCGCACUGCCACACUUCAUAUACGGUCCUGGAAAGGACGCCUUGGCAUUGACGAAGGAACAUCUGGAUCAGACUUUGUUGAAUAUGACAACUGUCUCGAACGACCUCGCGAUUUGUCCGCGUGUGGACCAGCCGGAAAUCUGCGACACCGAAGCUCAGUUGAGCAUUAGUUAUCUCCCUCGACUGUUGAUUUUUUUAUCUCAAUUUAUUCUCGGCAUUGGAACUACUCUUUAUUACGCUUUGGGACAGACGUAUUUAGACGACAAUACAAAGAAGAAAAAUACACCUAUGCUCUUAGGUUUUACGUUCGCUUUACGUACCGUGGGUCCGGCGAUCGGAUUUCUAUUGGGCUAUGCUUGCUUGAGUGUAUACAUAGACCCAAAUCUCCAUCCUGUUAUUACGCAGCAAGAUCCGCGAUGGUUAGGAGCAUGGUGGAUCGGAUGGAUCAUUCUUGGCGUUACGAUGGGUAUGUUCGCCUUUUUGAUCGCUAUGUUUCCACGUGAACUUCCCAAAAGGGAAGAUACUUCUAAGCAGACUCCUAAGCAGGAUGGCGAAAUACCUUUGAAGUUAGAUUUAGUGCUGCAGCAGAAGCCUCCGAUACAGAUGGACCCUCCUAACAGUACCAACCCAAUACCCUUGGAAACUGAGUAUAUACCGACAAUCCGUGAAUUUCCGAAAGCCAUGAAACGCCUGUUAACGAACUGGCUGUUGACCUGCAACAAUUUAAGCGGCGUAUUUUACAUACUUGGCGCUUCUGCCUAUAUCACGUUCAUAGCGAAGUAUCUUGAAGUCCAAUACGGUACGUCUGCGGCUGGCGGUACCGUGAUAACAGGUCCCGUAUCGUUGGCUGGUAUGGUAUUAGGAUUUUUGUUUUCGGGAUUAGUAAUUACCAAAUUCAAACCGGGUCCCAGGCCGCUCCUCGCGUGGAACGUAUUCGUCGGCAUUUGCUUCAUCAUUGGACAAAUAUCAUUUAUAUUUUUCGGCUGCGCGGAUUCUGGCAUCCGCGGUAUAGACUUGCAGACUAUGCAAAUCAAUUUGACGGCUGAUUGCAACGUCGAUUGCAACUGUGCAGGUGUCAAAUAUUCACCGGUCUGCCACGAGGCGUCGAAGACAACUUUCUUCUCCGCCUGUCACGCGGGAUGCCGUACGAUGCUAAAUGACAAACAGUUCGGGAACUGCAGUUGUCUGCCGUUGAACGAAUCAAACCAUAUCGGGAGCUACGUCGAUUACUUCAGUUCCAGCAGGGCCUAUAUUUUGGAACAGCAAACGUCCGACUCGCAGGCACUCCCGCCGCUGUUCGAUAAGGUCAAAGCCGGUCCGUGCACCGGUGAUUGCAAACUACCGUAUUUGCUCUUCGCAGUGCUCUCCUGCGUGAUUAAUAUUCUGGGCUGUUCUGGGAGAAUCGGUAAUGUUCUAGUAAACUACAGAUGCGUCGAAAAGAAGGACAAGAGUUUCGCUCAGGGUGUCACGCUGAUGAUUAUCUCGUUGUUUGCUCUAAUUCCGGGGCCAAUUAUCUACGGAGCUAUCAUCGAUUCGACUUGUUUAGUAUGGGAGGAAUCCUGCGGAACUAGAGGAAACUGCUGGUUUUAUCACCGGGAUAACUUCCGAUACUUUGUGAACAUUUCAGCGGCCGGAUUUACCACGAUAGGAGUGUUAUUUGACGGUGCAGUUUGUUAUCUUGGUAAAAAUUUGGAUCUAUACGGCGACGCGGAGAGUGACAAGAGGCGCGAGUUCGUGAAGGAAGAUGUCGCGAUUGAUAAUGUAGACAAGACGGAAGUUAAUGGGCAUUUAAAUAAGAGGACAGAACAGAAUCGUCUAUAACGCUCGUUGCUGUCCGAUAGUGGACAAAUCCAAUAAGAUUUGUGAAAUUGCUCUAGGUACCUGAAAAAUUCCGGAGGUGACUGACGCUGAACGUUCCGAUGAUUUGUAGAUAGUGCAAUAAUUCUAUUAGUGACAAGAGUCAAUUGUGUUAAUAACGUUAAUGCACCUAGAUUGUUAAACUCUUAAUCUCCUAGAUAUUCAAGAUCGAAAGCGAGAGCUGGAAACUAUUGUUAUUACAAUUUCAUUGUUAAAUCUUUAUUUUCGAAUCAUGCUCAUUUCUAUUUCUUUGUAAAUAAAUAACGUCUAUUUUUUGUUAACACGUUAUUACUCUUGCGCUUCAUCGCGCUCUGUUCCACGUUUGAAAAUUUUUGAAUUUUUACUUUCUAUUAGCGAAGCAUUUUCAAAGUUUAUCAGAGCCUUCCUUUUAGGGUACGCACAAAAAUUUUACAAAAAUUAUUUAUGUAUCAAUUAUUAUUUUUAUUUCUGCAAUUUUCGGCCAAGUAAAAUUGAACGAUCCGUUCUUCCAUUAAGGUA